CAUCUCAUUAAAGAAUACAGAGUCACAAAGCUAUCUCCCUUUCUUUAAUUUUCUUUCAAAGAGUUGAAGCACUUCUAGCUGAAAAGCUAACCAUGUGUAAAUCAUCUACCGGUUUUUUCUUCAUAAUCCUUUUCUUCUUCUCUACCUUAUCCUAUGCUGCUCGUCCUCACCCUGUUUUUCAGGAUGCCACCCUCUGCAAUAUUCAACACCAGGUUGUUGUUGAACCAAAGCAAGUUCGAACGGAAGAGAGAUGCAAAGGAAGUCAGGACGAAGAAUGUUUGGAAAGAAAGACUUUGGCUGCUAAUCUCGACUAUAUUUACACCCAAAACCAUAACCCAUAAAAAGCUAGUGUACGUUAUGAGGAAAUUAAGAAUAUCGGAGUCCUUUUAUUUCUUGGAUUAGUUGUCGCUGAUAUUGAAUUGCAUUUCCUGUACUACUUGUUGAUUCUCCCUAUAAUGUACUCUAGCAUAUAGAACACUUCAUCUUUUAA